AUGAGAGGUGGUCCCAGAGGAGACCCCAGAGGAGAACCCAGAGAAGACCCCAGAGAUGAAGAUGAAUCGCACGGAGUCCUGGAAGGGGAGGAAGCCCCGCCCUUUGACCUCAUCAAAUGCGGUGAGUGUAACGCAGACUUUGCCCUGGCCGACAUAGUCAAGUUUAUCGAGCACAAACGGAAAUGCUACCCCCGGCCAGUGGUGGUGGACCCCAUGCAGCUAAGGGCCCCGACCGAGCCCAACCAAGACAUCACAGACCUGAGUCUCGUCAAGACAGAAGUGGAAGACGAGGGGAGGACAGGGGAGGAGCCAGCACAGGAGGAGGAAGAGGAGGUGGUCGCCAUCGCCGAGGUGGUCGUCAGGUCGGAAAAGCCAAAGAUUAUUACCCCAAUUAAGAGGAUUUCGACGUCCUCCGUUCAGAGAGAUCCCAUCUCGCCGCGGGUCAAGCAGACGCAGACACAAACUUCAGAGCCCGACCAGUCCAAGACCUACAUUUGCUAUGCCUGCAAGGAUUUGUUUGACAAUGCUGCCAGCCUCUUGGAACAUGUCCAAAGUGAUCACGGCAUGCAGAUAUAUCAGCAACCCUGGAAAGCCAGAGAUAGUAGCAGUACACUGUCAGAGUCCAGCUCUCAUGGCUCCGCCGAGGCUAAGGUGUCAAGGAAGACGUACUCCCCGCAGUCACCUGAUAGUGUUGUUAAGCUUGUCCUGCCCUCCGUCUCUUCAACACCUUCGUCUUCGACUGGGCCUUCUCUUCCCCCUCCGCAAGCACCCCUCCCUCCUGCUGUACCCAUGUUGCCAGCAUCCUCCAUUGCAGCUCCGCCAGCUCAUCACCACCCCCCACUGCUGGUGCACAGCCCCCACGCCCACCACCCAGUACACCCUCUAGAGGGCAACCCACUCUCUGUCUAUAUGCAUCCACCAGCAAGUGAGCAACACAUGCUGCCGGCCAUGGGGGAGAGGAUUUACCACAAUCCCAUCAAUCCUUCCCAGUGUGUAACACUUCGGGAUGUACUGGGUGCACCGGAGCGAGCUACUCUGAACAAUCAGAUGCUCAUGCCACCACAAGGAUUUGAUCCAGGUUCCCAUUCGUCAUUCUCAUCCACCAGUCGGGCAAUAGACAUUGACAUGUACUCGCAGCGACUACGGGAGCUGGCCGCAGCGGGGCCACAGAACCCUCCCAAAAAGAAGGGUUACCACUACCAAAUCUUCAGUCCCCGCUUCAAGUCCCCAUUUUCACCAAAGGUGAAAGCCUGCGAGUUUUGCGGCAAGACGUUCAAGUUUCAGAGCAACCUGAUUGUGCACCGCAGGUCUCACACGGGUGAGAAGCCCUACAAGUGCCAACUCUGUGACCAUGCGUGCAGUCAGGCCAGCAAGCUCAAACGACAUAUGAAAACCCACACAAAUAAGCCACCAUCAACCCUGACAUCACCGUCCUCAGAACCAAACAUGAGUGAUGAUGCUGUGACUGGUGAGACCAGUGCCAGCUCCCUCAUCAAAACAGCAGUGGACCGCUACAUGAGUGAGACCAAGUUUUCAAGCAAGGACACAUCCAUUGACGAUGAUGAAAAUGAGGAAGAAGAAGAAGAGGAAGAAGAAGAAGAACCGGAGGAGUACGAGGGGGAAGAAGAAGAGGAGGAAGAAAUGGAGGAUGUCAGCAGCGAUGAGGCAAAUGUUGGCGAGAGAUCGUCAGAUAUUGACGGCCUGCGACCAUCAAGCCAUAGAGAUGACAACCGUGAUGAAAAGGAGAACCACUCCUCACUUCUGAGUGAGGUGAUGAAACACACAGGCCUGAGUGAGAUACAGCAGUACAGUGAAGCCUACCACCAGGCCAUGGCUGAGAGGUACUGUAGCAGCCGCCGCCAUUCAUCAAGACUAGAAGAGCAUGCUGCUCGGGAACGGUACCUGAAAGAGCAGAGAAGCGGUGAAGGUGGGCUUCUGAGAGAGGUCUUGGCUGGCCCCAGCUACCGUUCUCCAGAGAAGGAGCACCUUAGAUCCCCAACCAGGUCCCCAAGGAAUGCUAUGUUAGGGUUGGAGGAGGUGACCAAACGUAUCAAGGUGGAACCCCCGACUACGGCUUGGGGGCCCGAUCCGAGCAGCUUUCCCAGCAAAGAUCCCUUCAGUCACUCUCCGGUCUUGCUGUCGUCGCAGAGUAGUCCCUCAGCGAGUGCCACCAAUGGGACAUUGCCAGGUUACUACAGCGCAAGUAACAGCACGGACAGGCCCCCGCAUUCCAGUCCCUCCUCCACCAUGCCCUACAGUAGCCUGGCCCUUCACAAGUCCCCCAAGCAGCUGGCCAUGGAUCGCCGCACUGGCACCUGCGAGUUCUGUGGCAAAGUAUUCAAGAACUGCAGCAAUCUGACGGUUCACCGCCGCAGCCACACUGGGGAGAAACCCUACAAAUGUGAGCUGUGCCCCUACGCCUGCGCACAGAGCAGCAAGCUGACGCGGCACAUGAAGACCCACGGGCACGGGGCCAAGGAGGUCUUCAAGUGCGAAGUCUGCGGCAUGCCCUUCUCAGUUUACAGCACGCUGGAGAAACAUAUGAAGAAGAACCAUUGGGGAAACAUCAGAGGCACCACUCGUUGACAACACCACUGGUCCAAAUGGUCUUAAUUCUAGUAAGAAUACAGUACGCCUAGCGAUAUUUGUCAAUUAAAUGCACACUUUAUACAAUUUCAUCCAUUUCUACCUUAAAAAAAGAAACAGAGUAUGCAAUAAUUAUAGUGGUAUCUUGUGAACAAUUCAUUGCAGCAAGAACCCGUAAAAAUCCACUGAGUUGUAGCAAAAUGUUCCAGAACCGUGUGUAUUGCGAGAAAUGUUUUAUACAGACAUCAGACAUGUUUCUAAGACAGUUGAUGGUACAGCAUCACAUGGGUGUUUCCGUAAGAAAUCUAAAGAUGAUUGAAGUUGAUUGAAAUAAUUCACAAAAAUUAUCACGACAAAUAUGCAUGUUUCAGGAUUUAAAGGGGCUAUGUAAACUAAACCUGUGGAGAGUGGUAUGGAUUUUGUCAGCAAGACAUUUCUUGCAACUCGAAAUACGGUACAACUAAUUUUGACGCUUAUUCUUGGCCAAACUGUAUCAAAUAUAGAUCUCAGCCAACAAAAUCUAUCCGUAUUUUCAACCCGUUUUUAAUGAAUUGGGUGUAACUUGAAACCUUCAUUCAACACUUUUUUUUUACAAUAAAAAACAGAAUGUUUUUGACAUGCUUUUGAUGACAAUCCGAAAAGGGAGUCAUUUCUUUAAAUAUUCAAAAUAUUGAAAUGCAUUUGAUGCACGCAGAUUGUGGGAAAUGUGGUGUGCAUAUUGUAAAGUCCCAUAAUUCUGUACUUCAUUAUAGCAAGAGACAACGAGAAUUUUGGUGUUUUGGGGAGAGGAUUUUCCCCCCAUUUUUUUGUUUGUUUCUAAAUUUUUAAAAUGUAUUUGGGAUUGUCGGUUUCCAUUGUUGGAAUGGAGUGCACGAUUUGUUGCUUUAUUUUUCAAAGGGAGAUUAAUGGAUUACAAAAGGAACUCAAGAAUGCACUGGAUUUAAGGAUGUGCAGUAUACAUAGAUUUUGCAUGAACUCGCACCGUUUCAAGGCUGGUUUAUAGUGGGAUUGUGCGAUACGAUAAUUGUCCAAUAGUGAUGGUUGCCUAGCACUGGGGAAUUUGUGUAAGAUCAUCACAUGAUAAAUUUUCAGUCGUGCGAUUGACCAUCGCUUCACAUACUAAAUCCAGGCACGUACGUUAUCACAGUAUACACUCACGAGGCCCCCUUCAAUGGAGGAAUCAGUGUACAAAGCAACUGCCCCAUGAAAGAUUAUGUGAACAAUAGCUAGCACAAUGCUGUCGCCAUUAAAGGGGGCCUUCAUGAUAGAAUUGAUGUGUCUGGAUUGGUCUUUAAACGAGCCUUGAGGCCUGGAAUUAAUGCAGGGGAGUCAAAAGCCUCUGUUUUUUUGUCACGGCCUUGAAAUAUUCCGUUGGCAUUAUCUCAUAGACAUUAGGCAAGGGUCUUUGAAGAGAAAAAAAACCCUUGCCUUUUUCAAAGGGGAAAUUCCGGCUCUACGAUAUGCUGCACAAAGUGUGGUCAGAUAAAGGACCGGGUCCAAAACGAGCAUUUUUGACCACAGCCACAGAUUUUUACUGUAUAGUGUGUCAAAACGCAAAGCCUCAGCCCCAAAACGGCUGAUUUGGAUGCGGCUUAAGACUCGGCUGAACAGAUGAGUGCAUCAAGUAAUAUUAGGUCACAGUUGCACAACUUGUCAAACGCACCUAUACACAGAACUUUGUAUACAAUUAUGUAUCUUUAAAAAAAAUGUUAAUUAAUAAUUGGUGUGGUACGUGUGAAGGUUGACUUGUGCAAUAUUUAAAGAAAAUUUCUUCGGUUUUUUUUCCUGUUCUUGCUGAAAAUGGGUGUAUUGUACAGCGUAACACAUACACAGAAUUAGUUGGACUUGAUGGUCUAAAGGUUUACGAUGUAGGUCGGAUCGUAGUUCCUUCGAAACUUGAAUGUGGGGGAGGGAGUAAGUUUAUUUGUUGUAUCACCUGCAGCUGUGUGUAUACAGUAAGUUUGUAUAUUAUAUUGUGAAUGUUAUAGAAUGAGGUACAGGUAGCUAUUUUGCAUACUGGAGGGAAGACGAAAAAGUGGUGGCGCUUCUAUCAUGCAUUUCUCCUCCUGCUGGUAUAACCAGAGAUGUGUCCUACCCCAACAAGGUUGGAGUAGCCGUAGUCAAAGUUAGCGUUUAUGAACGUCAGUUUGCCAAAGCUGUGAAGUGAAUGAGGGAACAUGGUUCCUGUCAUUUGAUUUUUUUGUUUGUUUGUUUUUUUUGCCCUUUUUCUAUUAUUUUCCGUAUUUGUCUGUUACUGCGCAGCUCUAAAUGUAUGUAGUUUGUAAUCUGCAUUAUAAUGCGUGUAAAUAUUACUGUGAAAUGCAGCUGGCUUCCAAAAUGGCUCUUUGUUACAAAUAUACAAAUAUAAAAAUUAUAUAUUAUAAUUACUUGUUGCGUGAAUUGAGAAACAAAACAUUAAAAAAAAAAACAAUGGUGUUUGGCUUUUUUUUUUCGGUGUAUUUUUUUAUAUAAUAAGCACGAGUAAGUUUGGAUUUGAAAAAAAAAUAAAACGUUUGGGCUUUGUUAAUGCCCGGUGGAUUCUGUCAUGUAUGAAAUACGUGACAGUUUGCCGUUA